AUGGUGAAAAGCGGCUCUUCUGUUUCUUCCGUCUCCUCCUGGAUCUUCUCCCCUUCCUUCUCCCUUUUUCUUUGGUCCACUUGUUUCCUCGCUUCUGUCGAUCUCCGAGACUCGACUGCGCACCGGCUCUCUCCGUCGUGCAUGCAGAGGACAUCACCGUCUCCCGGCUCUCUGCAUGCGACGGCGUCGCGGCCAAGCAGAGUGCUUUCAUCGCCUUUGUCUAUUCUUUCUCUUUCUUCUGUCUCUUCAGUUCCUGGAGGAAGACAACAGCCUCCAUUUUCCAGACCGGGCAGAGACUUCUGCUCCCUGUCUGUGCGUCGCCUGCCAUGGCGACAGGCCGGCGUUUCAAGCGACAGGCAAUUACGGCGGCCCAGCGAGGAGCGUUCGCGUCGUGAAGCUCGACGGAAGAACGUAGAAAAGAGGACGGAGGAAAAAAGCGAAUCGCCUAGAUCGAGAACGGGGAAAGAUCCUCUCGGCGACAGGAAAAGAGGGAACGGAGAAAAAGGAGACAAGACAGGAGAAGAACGGGGAGAAACGCUGUCGUCGAUCCUUUUGCUCUCAUCUUUCAGCUUGAAACACUCGGUGUUACUCUGUCUUCUGGGUCUUCGCUCCCCCUUCCUUUUCCUCUGUUUCUCGUCCUGUCUCCAUAGCUGCCGCUCUUCCUUUUCCUUUCUGCCUCUUUCCCUUUCUGUCUGUGUGCCUCCAUCUCGACUUCUUUCCGUUUGUGUCGCUGUCUCCGUCUGUUCUGUCGCUGUCUCCGUCUGUUCUGUCGCUGUCUCCGUCUGUUCUGUCUGUCUCUGUUCCUCUCUCGGUCUUUCUUUCUCUCUGUGCUUCUCCCGUCUCUUCAAGAUGUCGGGGACCGCCGCUCCGCGCGUCUCUGCCGCGUUCGCUUCCUCCUUUUCUCCCGCCUCUCACGCCUUCUCUGAACAGGAGAGAGGUUCUCAGCCUCUGAGGCGCAGCGUCGGUGUGCAGACCUCUGUGCCGACUCGCGAGUACAUCAGCCCACAAGCGAGAGCUUCUCAAGCUCCAGAAUUCUUCAAGGAAGGGUGGCUGCACAGGCCGAAGACAGUGUCGACUUUGUGUACGUCUUUGGUCAUCAUUUUCGUCGCUUCUCAAUUGGUGUCUUCGGUGUCGGAACCGGAAAGUUUAAGAUGGCGAAUUGCCUGCGGAUCUGUCGCGGCGGUGUCUAUGUUCCUCAUCUUCGGGACUCUGCAGUUUCCGGACGGACUGCUUGUGCGGCCGACUCCAAUUUUCUGGAGGUUCAUCAAAGGCUGUUCUGUGCUUUACCUCGUGCUCCUCGUCUUCCUCCUGUUCCAGGACCUGGACGAUGUUCGCCGUGGCUUGCGGUACAUCGAUCCAAAUUUAGGAAAGCCUUUGCCGGAGAAGAGUUACGCGCAGAACUGUCACAGUUUUUCGACUUUGGCGGGCUCCAUGGACGUCUUUGUGUUGGCUCACUUCUUCGGCUGGCUGGUGAAGGCGCUGAUUAUUCGCGACGCGCGACUCCUGUGGAUUCUCUCGGUGCUCUUUGAGUGGAUGGAAAUUUCGCUCCGGCACAUUCUCCCCAAUUUCUGGGAGUGUUGGUGGGACCAUCUGAUUCUCGACGUUUUCGGCUGCAACCUGCUGGGCAUGUACCUCGGCCUCGCACUCUGUCGUCGGUUCCAGAUGAAGGAGUAUUUCUGGCAUGACGACGAUUCCUUGGUCUCGGCGUCCUGCCCCCAGUCGUCUCUGCCCUCUCCGACGUCUUCCUCCUGUCGGGAUGCGAGGGAGGAGGAGAUCGAACCGAAUGUUGCCUCAAAUAUGCCGUCGUCGCCGUCUUCCUGUCCGGAAAACGAACUGCGAAGCCGCAAAAGAUCCGCCAGUCCAGUCCGCUCACGACGCUCAGGCUGCCGCGUCGUCCCUGGAUCUCUCCGACAGUUCGCUCCUUACGAAUGGACGGGUUACAAAUGGCCCAAGUUGUUUUCAAGCGCCUCGACGUUUGUGAGUCUCCUGCUCUUCUGCGUCGCGGUGACUUUGCUGGACCUGAACGUUUUCUUCCUCAAGGCAGAGCUCUGGAUUCAGCCUGCCCACGGCUUGAUUCUUGCUCGUCUGACUCUCUGGACUUUCAUGGCGGCGGCCGGAACUCGCGAGUACUACGAAUUCGUCACAGAUGUAAACUGCAAACGCAUGGGAGUGCAGUGCUGGAUUGACCUCGCCGUCGUCAGCACAGAGGCACUCCUCUCGAUCCAGUGGUUCCACGGCCUCCAACCUCACGACCCUUGUCCCCAGUGGAUUAUUGUCGCUUGGAUUGGCAUUGUCUGCGUCUUGGCCGCGGUGAUUGCGUGGUUGUUGCUUCGCCGCCCGCGGCCGUCGAGUCUGAAGAGGAUGUCGAGCAGCUCUCUUAGUGCAGAGGUACCUUCCCUGUCUGCAAGAGAGACUCUUUCUCGCGAGUCGCAUUCGCCAAAGGCUCUGUUGGAAGGCCAGAAAGACGAGUAGACCGUCGAGUCUGGAAAUCGGUUGUUCGUCUCUCUCCACGUAGAGUUACACUGUCCCCACAAACGUAGAACCUGAAACCUCCCACAGAUCGAUACGCGUCGAGAAAUACUUGCCCACCCAAAACUGGAUGUCCGGCUUUUUUUUAGAUUUGUAUGCAUGCAAUUGUCGACGUGGUGGUGUGCAGGGAUGCGCAUGCGUCGAGGUAGAGACCGAUCCCG